GUGUCUGGAUGUAGUUUAUUUGCCCCGAGGCAUUCGUUGAGAAUAUUUAUUGUGGGGUUAGGGUGGGGUGCAGAGGAGGACUCCGCAAAGGCAAAGAUUUUUGGAGAAACCUGUGCAGCUGUGCCUCUGGGUGUCCCGGGGAACAAGGGAGAGGAGACAGAUCUAUGCUGAGUUCCCAUCUUCCGAGAAACCUCUGAGGAUCCACAGCUUGCAGCUAGCGUGAGCCUAAGCUUAGCACAGAAUGGCUAGAGAGCCGAGAGUGAGUGCAGCCCUAAACGCUCGAUCUGCCCAAGAGGGGACUGGGCUUCGGGUGGUGAAGGUGGAACAGGAAGAGGCCUCCCCCUUGGCAGAGGAGGCCAGCUGGCUGGGCAGCCCUGGGCCCGACCGCUCCCGCCAGCGCUUCCGCGCUUUCCGCUACCCAGAGGCCGCUGGGCCCCGGCAGGCGCUGAGCCGGCUCCGGGAGCUCUGCAGACAGUGGCUGCGGCCAGAUAUGCACAGCAAGGAGCAGAUCCUGGAGCUGCUGGUGCUGGAGCAGUUCCUGACCAUCCUGCCAGGGGAGCUGCAGGCCUGGGUGCGCGAGCAGCACCCUGACAGCGGGGAGGAGGUGGUGGCGCUGCUGGAGUACUUGGAGAGGCAGCUGGACGACACGCCUCCACAGGGCCCAGCUCAUGAAUGGAGUGGAGAACUUCUCUGCUGCAAGGUGGCACUGUUGAUGCCAUCCCAGAACUCACAAAGUAGCCACUCCCAGCCGAUGAGGGGUCUGCUCAAGCAUGAGUCUCAGGAAUCUUUGGAGUGUUCGCCCUUCCAAGCAAGAGGCCUGGAAAUGAAGACUGAAACCAGGGACUUCCCUCCAGCUGAGGAAUACACAGAACAAAGGCCUGAGAAGCCAGUGUGCUUCCUGACUGAAGACACUGCUCAGAUCCCUGCAGGUGCCGAAGCCAGUGAGCAGGAAGGCAAGUCACAGGCAACACAGAAAAGUGCCACAAGGAACAGGCGACACUAUUGCCGUGAAUGUGGAAAGAGUUUUGCUCAAAGUUCAGGCCUGACCAAACACAAGAGAAUCCACACCAGAGAGAAGCCCUAUGAAUGCAAAGACUGUGGGAAGACCUUCAUUGGGAGCUCUGCGCUUGUCAUUCAUCAGAGAGUUCACACUGGUGAGAAGCCAUAUGAGUGUGAAGAAUGUGGCAAGGUCUUUAGCCACAGCUCGAACCUCAUCAAGCACCAGAGAACCCACACUGGGGAAAAGCCCUAUGAGUGUGACGACUGUGGGAAAACCUUCACCCAGAGCUGCAGCCUCUUUGAACAUCACAGAAUUCACACUGGAGAGAAGCCAUACCAGUGCAAUAUGUGUCCCAAAGCCUUUCGGCGUAGCUCACAUCUCCUGAGACAUCAGAGGAUCCAUGGUGAUAAAACUGCCCACAAGCCUCUGCAUGGAGAGGCCCGGGAAGGUCAGAGCAGGAUGGAAAGCCAGUGGGAUGAUACUAAAACUCCCAUAACUUAUCAAUGCAAUGAGUGUGAGAGAAGCUUCACUCAGAAUAGAAGCCUUAUUGAACAUAAAAAAAUCCACACUGGUGAGAAACCCUACCAGUGUGAUGCAUGUGGAAAAGGCUUUACCCGAACUUCAUACCUUGUUCAACAUCAGAGAAGCCAUGUGGGGAAAAAAAUUGUAGCACAGUGACCUGCCAGAGUUGGUGCUCACUUGUCAGUGAGCUGAAGACACUCUGGAGCCCUUACUGCCUGCAGAAGGGGGGAUGUUGCCAAUACACACCAUCUAGUGUUAGAUGUCAUAAUCUGGCUGAAGUGAAUUCUCUUUCAUGUUCUAAAAGUAACUGGAAUUAGACUCAUUAGUAGGCAGAUAUGGGAGUGUUCUCUUGAUGAGGUAGCACUGAAGUGUUUUGUUCCCACUCUUUGGAUCUACAAGGCCUUCUAGAACAGUUGCCCUUACUAGCACAUCUUUUUCCUGGGUGGAUGGUUCCAGAGUUUGGGGUAUAUUCUUCUUACUGUUUGUUUGUCAACAUGAGGCUUUCAUGCUUUGGUCAGAUUCCUGAGGUCUUGGCCUCCUAAUGUGCCUUGUGUUAGUAAACAUUUACCACAGGGACUGAUGAAAUGAUCUUCAAAACUCUGAAACUCUGUCUAGAUUUCUGAAGAAGUUCUAACAUGGGCCAUUUGUGUUUGCAUCUAAUUUGCUAAGGUUCUAGACUCUGAGUCAGUCCUACAGAUUUCAUACAAAGUAUGUAAUGUUACAGAAUUUGAGUUGGUGAUUCCCUGUAUCUUCAUGAAAAUAAAGAGUACAGUAAGAAUGCCUCAAGCAACAUCUGAAGACACAGGGAGACUUCCCUGUCCAUAAAACUCCAUUAGUGCACAUUUAGUUUUUCACUCUUUACAGUGAAAGUUUUCAGUCAGGUAAAUAAAUAGCAAUUCUAUCUUCAUAGGACAAACUGUUUAAUUAGAAUUUCUAUUGCUGCGAAAGGCAUUAUGACAAAAAGCAACCUGGGGUGAGUGGGUGGGGGUUUAUUGCAACUCACAACUCAUUUGUUUCCACUCCAUCACUGAGGGAAGUCAGGGCCGGAGCACAGGGCA